AUGCGAGCGGGUCAUGGGAGUAUUGGCAAGGUCGAGGUCGACUGCCGGUUCAUGUUCACCAAAUCGCAGUGGGGGGUCAUUGGCGCUGGAUCGGCCCCGGGCGGGAUCAUCUACUUGGACCUGGACUUCAACCAGCCGGCAGAUUGCAAAUUGGCGUCAGCGACGAUUACGGUGACCUUGAUGAAGGCCGACAGAGACGAACCUGACCACCCAGACGGCAACCCGUCAACGUCCGUCUAUCCGAUCCAAUUCACCGAUCACUACGGCCCGAAGUGCGUCCGCGGCCAGGAAUCAUGGGUGCAGACUAAAAAGGUCAAACACCGCACUCCGGAAGUGCAGAUGUUUGGGUAUGGAGGCGGUGGCCUUGGGGUCGACAAGGAGCGGGUUGUCCAGACUCACGCGCGCUGGGAUUUCUCCGGCCAUAUCGGCCCGGCCACCAAGGACGACAGAUGGUACAACUGCCUCCAAUGGAAACUUGCGCCAAACUCACUCGAGUGGGCGCCAACCCACAACCAUCUCUUCCACACUGCCUUCGCCCUCCAGCAUGAUGCGGAGAGGUUUUAUAUGACAGUCCAUGUCAGCGGAAAACUGGCCAAGUUCUCCGACAAGUUCUCAAACAAACUAAAAAACCUCAAGUUUGGGGACAAGGGAGGCCGAGACCAGGAAAUUGUGACGAAAAUCGAGUGGGCAGACGGGUAUUCGUGCCCACGCCGCUUGGAUAAGACAGCCGAGGGCUUGCGCGUGGCGAUGGAGUACGCAAACAUGGCCAUUGUUCCUGCCGAGAUCCCCGGCGCAAUGAAUGCGAACUACCAUCCCGCCAUCACGACGAAUCCAGUUCCAACCACCGAGCCAGCCCAGCACCAUCAUCAAAACCAACCACUACUAAGCAACUUGCCCCAAACUGUUCGACCACCUCUACCACCACUGGGUCAUAAUCCGUGGCUCACUUCCAGCGCACUCGAGUCCUCGAUGCACAUGGGCGUUACCGAAACCGUGCCAGCUGUAGGGGGUCCGAUGCAGAACCUGCCCGGGCUCGUAUUAGAAGAUCUGGAUGUGGCUGGAACUGCCUCACCACAACAACCACUGCCCACGGUACGGCCUCCUGGCCGGCCUCCGGGCAUUUCGACUUCACAACCCCCAACCAUCCCAGCCCCACAGCCCUUGGAAGCUAACGCAGAAGAGCUGCUCGAUGUAGGGCCUCCAAGCACUGUCACCCUAGUAAACUCAGCAGUGAGCAUUCGAGAGGGAGAAAAGGGGGAAGCAGAAAAGACAAACACCCUCCUAAACCCGAAGGGCGAGCGACAAAGAGUAAGGGUGGGGAAAAUAAGGGAUCAACCCCCGAAAAACAUCAAUGGAAACGGGGCAAUAUGGCUCGGUAUAACUGCCGUACUGCUGCACUGGUUUGGGCAGCUUGGGGUGUUACUCUUAAGCUGGCGCAACCUUUCCCCCCCAGACGUGAUUUCGGCCGUCACAGUACCAGAAACACCAGUAUCGAAACGAGAAAAGUCACGCAGCAAAAGCAAGACAAAGAAGCUCAAGCUAGCAACAGAAAGUGGCUAUGCCAUACCAGAACAGGGGGUCCGAGCGAAAACUUCAGCCGGGAGAUCGGGACUCGUUUAUCCUCGCGGACGAUUGCGAGGGCGACGUCCGCUGCGUGCCCACUUAGCGGGGGAAGCCAGUCGGAGUAGGCCGGAGGAUUGGGAGGAUGUUGUCUAA